CACUGUCAGCACCCCUACUGUUAUUAUCAUAGCAGAACGUUUUUGCAACUUAUUGGAAAUUACUUUUACGAGCUAUUAACUAUAACGUUAGAUUGUUAAGGAUGCUAGGAUCAAACUGACUAUAAAGCUUUCGGAGGAUCACAAUAUCCAGAUGGCUAAGCGUGAUAUGAAUGUAAAUCUACCAGGCUUAAGCUAACAGAACAAAACCGGGCCGUCACAAAGGUAAAAUUCUGAUGGAUGGGGGAUUAUCUCGUUUCAACAUCGCGCAAGCAUUAAUGGUAUAGUUAGAUAAGAAUGUAAACAAUGUUUAACAGCAUCUGUAACUCGUAAGUAACACAUUGAAGCUUUGUGAUACUAGUAGGAAACUUGCAAAAAUAAUUCGUAAAAUGAACGAGAAGGCAAGUUUUACAUUUUGUUAUUGGGCAGAAUAAUUUUGAAGAAAUAAACUGGAUGAAUACGCUAUAUGAGAAUGUAGAACUUGUUGGAGCUGAAGGACCUCUCUGAAGGACAGUGGCACGAAGAUAUAUUAGAAAAAGGACAGCACGCACAACUUCUACAAUAACUAUGUGCCUUUUAGAUAAAGACUGUCGGAGAUUGCUGUUGGAAUGCUCAGCGUGUGUCUCCUUUGGGGCAUGUGUUGUAUUGGUUGUCAUGGUGAUAGGAUUCGCACCUCCCUAUCUCCGAGGAAGCAGUUUCGUGGAGACCGUUUGUGUUGUGAUUUCAACAACAAUGCACCAUGGUAUGCCUUGUAAAUGCGGACGAUGGUACGAAAUGGACAGGGUACCGUGUAUACAAAUUAUCGUAACAUACCAUAGGCACGACACGGGGCUUGUACAUAAUGUAACUCUGCAUAAGGAAUACACUGAGAGGGGCUGUUCAGUGUCAGUUCAGGAGCAGUGUUCAUAUGGAGUUUGCACACAUGACAUACCCAAAGACACACACGCAUUAGAACUAUUCCAAUUCUACUAUGGCGUCGUCGGGAGAGGUUUCCGGUGUUACUACGACCCGAAUCUUGAUCGCCACGCCGCCUAUCUAGACAAACCCAACCCUCGGACAGUAAUUCACAUGGUCGCGUGGCCGACGGGAUUUCUCUUAGCUGCACUAAGUGUGUGUGCAUUUAUGCUAGUCAGCCACGCAAGGACAAGAUGGCGACUGUGUAUGUGGUACACAGAACCCGACAUUGACGACGAUACAAAAAGUAUAGAGUUUAUCACAUAAUUACAAAUAGUACCAAGAGAUAUCAGAAAAGGCUUGCCAUUUAAUAUAAUUUUCACUCAGAGUUUUGUAAAGUACCAGUUGACAAUUUCGGUGCGGACCAUAAGCAGAUAGUUGUGUUUUUAUUGAUGGAACAAUAUCUGGAUUUAUUUUGAAGAUUCCCCGUGGAAUGAGAAAUCCGGAACAAUACACAAAUGAACAAAGAACGCAUUUGGCGCAUGGCAGGGCGCCACGGAUGAUACAAUGACAUAUAUGUGUUAUUGGUAUUGAUUCAAUGGCCAUCAAUGUUAUCUUCUUUUGAAAAGGUAAAAUGCUUUAGAUGAGCAAUGAUACCUAGGAAUAAAUAAAUGAUAUCAUUUUCAAUCUGAUUACAGGAUUACAUUAUUCAACUUAGAGUCAAGUCAGAAUUAAAUCAAUAGGGAGUUUAAGCUGCUUUUUUCACAACCUACACGUGAAC